UUGUGGUCGGCUUCACGGCACGAAGAAGUGAGCCACGCUGCUGUUGUGACAGUGUUUCGAUGCGUCUGUGUGUUUGUGUGUCCGUUGUCGUCUCGUGACUGCACCGACGCGGAAGGCAGACAGAGGGUUUGGACCGGCGUAUGGGACAAACAGUUCACAGGGACCCAGAAUGACUUCCCCUGUCCGAGUCAUCGUGGUGGGAGCUGGCUGUCGAGGGGAGAUCUACUCCAAGUUUGCAUCCGUCCAUCCUGAACGCAUGGAGGUGGUAGGAGUUGCGGAUCCAAGGAAAUUUGCUCGCUCGAAACUACAGCAGCAACACAGGAUUGUGGAUGAUAAUGUAUUUGAUGACUGGCACAGUAUAGUUGAAAGAGAGAAGUUUGCAGAUGCUGUGUUAAUUUGUACUCCGGACCGCCUUCAUAAGGAACCUGCUGUGGCCUUUGCAAAGAAGGGCUACCAUAUUCUGCUGGAGAAACCAAUGGCCACGACUGCAGAAGACUGCAUGGCCAUUGUGGAGGCUUGCACUCAGAGUGGUGUGAUACUGUCAGUGGGUCAUGUUCUCCGGUAUGACCCCACCAUCCACAAGAUAAAGGAGCUGAUAGUUGCUGGAGUAAUAGGUGACGUGGUCCAUAUUCAGCACCUUGAGCCGGUUGGGUUUUAUCACUUUGCACACUCGUUUGUUCGAGGGAACUGGAGGAAUGAAGCGGAGAGCUCUUUUGUUCUUUUGGCCAAAUCUUGUCAUGACAUUGACCUGAUACACGACUGGGCUGGAGCUCGCAGGUGUGUGAGAUUGUCAUCGUUUGGAUCUGUCAGCCACUUCCGAAAAGACAACAAGCCAACCGGGGCUGCCGAUCGCUGCCUGGAUUGUUCAAUAGAAAGAGAUUGUCCGUACUCUGCACGCAAAAUCUACCUGGACAGAGUGAAACAGGGGCACACGGGCUGGCCCGUAUCAGUCAUAUGUCCAAGCUCGUUGCCAGACAUCGAGUCAGUUACUGAGGCACUGAGGACUGGACCUUAUGGCCGCUGUGUGUAUGAGUGUGACAACGAUGUCUGUAGUAAUCAGGUUGUUAACAUGGAGUUUGAAGGGGGUCUGACGGCAGGCUUGUCCAUGGUCGCCUUCACUAAGGAAAUUUGCAAGCGAAAAACAACCAUCUAUGGCAGCAAGGGGGAGCUGUCAUAUGAUGGCCAUGAGGUAUGCGUGUUUGACUUCCUGACCCAGAGAUCUACAAAGCACACUGCACAUGAAAACACCCCCUGGCAGUUUGGCAUGAGUGGCCAUGGUGGAGCAGACUACCACCUCAUGGAUGCCUUUAUUUCUGCUGUGGCAAACAAAGAUCCAUCCCUGAUCCGAUCGGGUCCUGCGGAGACGCUACAGAGCCAUUUGCUGGUGUUUGAGGCCGAGCGUUCGCGGCUGGAGGGCAGGGUGGUGUACUGUGGCGAUGCUGGCCAGAGCUAGAUGACGGGAAAACACUGUGACAUUCAAAUGUCCUCUCUAUUUAAUCAUAACACUAUGAUACAUGGGUGAUUCAAGACACAUUCAGAUUCAUGAAUGGAAGGCCAAAACUUGGUGUAUUCGUGCAUAGCAUUUUGCACAUAUUGCUCAGGGAUGUUAAUACUGUGUGUGUUUGUGUCUUCAGUGAAUGACUGAAGCUGUUAAGUUUUUUAAUUAGAUCAGUAUUAGGUAUAUAAUUGCCAAGAACUUGAUAAUUUGUUGCUCAGCAUAAUGCCACUGUAUGAUAAUUUUUUGUGAAGUAAUGUUCACAAAUUCUCAAAUCAUUUCUACUAAAAAGUUUAGACGCACGCAUAAUGUAUUUUCAUUCCAUGCCAGUCAGUGUCAGUGUUCAUAAUAUAUCUAUGAUCUAUUGAUGAUUGCUAAAGGUGUUGUAAUGUCCCUCUAGAUGGAUUGAUGUGAUACUCAGAGCGUAAGUGUAAAAUUGGCAACUAUUGCACUUAACUACGGCUUAAACUUUAUUCAACAGAUUGUGAAAUAAUGCACAUAAGCUUAAGCAUUUUUUCAAAAUCCAAGUGAAUUGGAUUGAUUAUACAUCAGGUUAUUCUCUCUAUUGAAUGACUGGUGUUAUUAUGCUUCCCAGCAUCUCAUGAUCACUAAAAGUAUAUUAAGUGUUUAAGAUCAAUUCUCAAGCUCAGGGCUUUGAGUUGCUCUGUGUCAUGGCGCAGCACCAACUGUAAACAUCAGGACAGUCUUUCAUACUUUUCGUCUAAAUCUGAGGGAUACAUUUUUAAAAAAAAGUUGUGUGUCUAUAAUGAGCCUAAUGAAAACAGUAAAGCAAUGAUUCAAAAGGUUAUUGAAAAGCAGUUUGUAUAAUCAGAACCUUUCUUUUGCCCAUACAUGGACAGAGAUUUGCAUUUCAACAGAUUCAUAUUAAUCACAGGAGACAGGAGGCAAAAAAAGAAAAAGGAAAUAAAGUUACUUGUGCCCACGACUAUCUUCAUUUUUUAUCCCCUUAGGGGAUAAAUAAAAUUCACAUUGUGUUUAUCAUAUACAGUAUACAUUUAUAUAUGACAAUAUGUUUUCUAUCGGGAGGAGACGGACAAAAACAACUCCAAUGUUUGUCAUUUUUCAAAAGGAUUGUGUUGUGCAGAGGUGCCCUUUACUGAAAUUUAAAUCAAUUAUAUAAAUGAUAGUAUUUAUAUAUUACUAUCCAGCCUCUUGUGCUCUUAGAAAUACUAAGUGACAGUAGAAAAACCUCAUGCAUUUCCACAGCACUGUUGAAGUAACAUCUUUCGAACACAAGGUGUCACUAGUUCAUUUGCUCAGAAAUCCACACAUUUGAUCAGCAGUGAACACUGGGAUGACAGUGGUCUGUUGUGUUCAAAGAUAUUAUAAAAUGCUGGAGAAUAUCACAACAAUAAAUAUCAAGCAUAUAAUGACUG